ACGCCGUCGAGCUGGCAGCAGUUGCUGCAGUGUUCCGGCAACCGCUUCUGAUAGCAAGUCUAGCUGAUUUAAACCGGUUGCAGUAUAUAUGUACGUAUGUGUGUGUGUUUAUGUUGCUUAAUUUUUAAAUCAUGCAUACGCGUUGACUUAGCCGAAACGCUGCAGCAACUACUGCCAGCUCGACGGCGUCCUCCGUACUGGCUGCCGUGAGGACCGUCGCUCCUUAUAUAUCACCACCUGUGUGGUGUUGUCUCCUUCUCGAGCCGCUUAGGGAGCUUAGGGCAGCUUAGGAUAAGCGAAUUAAAUUAAUUACACUAUUAACUUCCUCCGUCGCCCUAAGCGGAUUGUUUAAAUUAUUUGUAUUAUAUGAUUGUUUUUUUUAUAUGUAUGUACAUAUAUAUGCAUAUACAUAUAUAUAUGCAGACAUAUAUAUGUGUAUAUAUAUAUAUAAAUUGUGUGACUGUAUACAUGCGGAUAAUGCGGAAUGUAGUUUUCGAUUUAUUUCGAUCAACAAGCGACAUAUCUGAGUUUCAACUGUUUCAGUCGGCGAUCUACUGCCAUCUAUCUAUAAUAAAAAAAAGUUAAGUAUGAAGUAAAGUAUGUUCCGAUCAUGAUUCACGUAUCCCUUGUUUAUUUGACAUUUGUUUUCGUAAAUUCACGAUAAUAAAUAAUACAUUAUUUACCGAGGGAGCAGAGUGGGCAAUAGACACACUGUGUGAUGUUGCCAAACGAACGAAGUGAGGCAUUUCACGCAGUACAUGGUUUGCCUACUGUACCCCCAUAGUGCAUAUACAAUAUAUUCUGCACACCCCCGCGUAAAGGGGCGAGGUUGCACCAUCAGUAGACGACGCAGAACCGCAUUGACGUCAAAAGUUAAGAAUCGCGUUAAAUAAAACGAUAAUAAAAAAUAUACGUAAAAUAAAUGGCAAAUCAAAAUAAAAGGAAAUUAAGGAUAGCUAUUCAAGCAGAAAUUUUAAGAUCUCAUCAACGCGAUAAUGAUUUCAUUACCCAAAUGAAUGAAAACAUUACAGAUUUGCUGCAUCGAUACAAUCUUUAUAGAAAUGUUUCUCGGUUUUUCAAAUCUGAUGUACCAGCAAAAAUACUUUACUUUAUUGUUACUUCAGGCUUUGGUAAUCAAACUCUUGGUGAAGAGUAUACAGGAAUUGUUCAAGCAAAUUUGAAGAUUAACAAAGUACCUUCAUUAUUGACAAGAGUUAUUGCUGCUAUUCUUGAAUGUUUUGGAGAGCAGAUGCUGAUAAAAAUUUUAGAGAAAUUACAAAUCACAAUUAAUAAGCCUAGCAAUGAGCUCACACCUCAAGCUAAAUUGUUUUUGAAUACAUUGCUUGUAAAGUUACGUAAUGUACUACCUAUUUUAAUUUUGGUACAUAGAGGAUUAUUUUACAUGUAUGGCAGAUAUUACAGCAUUAGUAAAAGAAUAACUGGGGUAGAUUAUGUUAAGAUAUAUGGACCAAGACCACACAGCAGAGUUAGUUAUGGAUUGAGAGUUUUAGGAUUUGCAACAAUUGCACAAUGUUUAUUCAGACUUUGGCAAAGUAGAAAUUUUACUGAUGAAACAAUCUAUGACGAAAAAGAGUUUGAAAGCAAUUACAGUAACCAAUGCCAGUUAUGUUUCAAUAAAGUUUCAGACACAACCACUCCAUGUGGUCAUUUGUUCUGCUGGACAUGUUUGGCGGAAUGGCUGAGAGCUAGAGGUCGAUGUCCACUUUGCAGAGAAAGUGCAGCUCCAUCAAGAAUUAUACCUCUGAUGAAUUUGUAAAUAAUUAAUUUGCUGAUUGACUUUUUAAUGUUUAUAUACAUCAAUAAUGAUUAGAAUGUAUGGUGGUGAAUUUGUAA